UGAUGAAGUUGCUAUACAAAGCUGCAAAGUACAGCCUAUUGCAUUUAAAUUCCAUUGAUUCAACACAGACCAACUGAAAUAUGGAGGGAAAAGGAGUAAGAGCUCCCACACUCUUUCUAUUCCUCCAUCACCUUCUCCUUCUACUGCUCUUUCCACCCUUUGAUCAUGGGGUCCAUGGCGCGCUCACCCCGGCCAUGUUCAUCUUCGGCGACUCGCUGAUCGACGACGGCAACAACAACUGGCUACCGUCGAUGGCGAAGGCGAAUUACGCACCCUAUGGCAUUGAUUUUGGUUUCCCGAGUGGCCGAUUCUGUAACGGCCUCACCGUUGUGGAUUACGGCGCAAGAGUUCUAGGCUUACCGUUCGUGCCGCCGUAUUUGAGUCCAACGUUGAAAGGCCUAAAGAUCUUGAAAGGUAUCAACUAUGCAUCGGCAGCGGCGGGCAUUCUCGACGAAACGGGCCGGCAUUAUGGAGCAAGGGUGUCAUUUAAUGGGCAGAUACAACUAUUUCAGAAGACUCUUAGUGUGGAUUUUCCACUGCUAUUCCCAGAUCGGACGGCUCUCGCUCAAUACCUUGCAAAAUCCGUGUUUCUCAUCAACUUGGGGAGCAAUGACUACAUCAACAACUACCUCCUCCCCAAUCUCUACACCACCAGCCGAACGUACGGCCCUGAUGAAUUUGCUGACCUCCUCAUCAGGACAUUCUCCCAGCAAUUAACGAGACUAUAUGGUCUGGGAGCAAGGAAAAUGGUGCUGGUUGGACUCGGCCCGCUUGGAUGCAUACCGAGUCAGCUAUCCAUGGUCAAUGGGAGCAAUGGUUGCGUCGAGCGAGUUAACAACCUGGUCGGCGCAUUCAACGAACGGCUCGUGCAGCUCACCGCCACACUGGGUACCACCCUCCCUGGCUCUUACUUCGUCUACCAAGACGUCUAUCGUGUCUUCGCCGACAUGAUCAACAACCCAUCUAAUUACGGGUUUACUGUAGCAAACCAAGCAUGCUGUGGAAAUGGGAGGUAUGGAGGAGCUGUCAGCUGCCUUCCCCUGCAACGACCUUGCACUAACAGAGACCAAUACAUCUUCUGGGAUUCUUUCCAUCCAACCCAAGCUGUCAAUGCCAUCAUAGCCGAAAGCUGUUACGGCGAGUCAGCGACCGACUGCCAUCCAAUCAGCAUCUCCCAGCUGGCCCAGAUAUAGACAACAUAGCCAAGAAAUAAAAACUACUGCAAGCAUCAUUUAUGAUUUUUAGCCAUAUAUGAGUGUAUGUUAGAUUAAAUGAAUAAACUCUGCAAUUUUUCCCA